GUGAAGGUAGGAACUCGUUCUCACUUCUGAUUUACCUGCAAACUUUGAUCAUUCUUGUGUCUGAAGACAAAUCUACAUGAUUGUUAAUGACAACAUUUUUAUUGGUUUUAUUAUUGAUCAGAAACACCGUGAUGAUCAGCCGAUGAUUAGUUUUCUACAUCGAUCAAACGUUGGUGUUUUUAUUUCCUGGAAUGAAGCUGUCGUCUCCAGCAUUAAAGUCAGACUGCUGUUUCCUGUGGAGCCUUUCAAAAUAAAGCGUGGUUCCUGGAGGAAGUUGUUUGCUGCUUGUGUGAAGGUGUGUGUGUGAGCUGAUGUGGACGUGAAUUCAGCAGAAUGGACCAGUGUGAGGACGGAGAGGAGGGAGUCCCUCCCUCUAAAACCUCUCUGUGUGGGGAACAUGAGAGUCGGAGCAAAGCUCAGAGGAAUCAACCUGGACCUGGACCUGGACCUGGACCUGGACCUGGACCUGGACCUGGACCUGGACCUGGACCUGAACCUGGACCUGGACCUGGACCUGGACCUGGACCUGGACCUGGACCUGGACCUGGACCCAGCUGUUUGUCCUUGAAGAGCGACUGGUCAAAUCAAAGACUUAUUGAAUUUAAAGGAGACCAACAUUCUUCUUCAGAGAGAGUGGACCAGCAGAUCUCAGAGUCCCCCAGUGGUCCGUCUGUCCAGCAGCAUCAGACCCAGCUGGACUCCAUCUUUCAGCUGCUGGAGGACGACAUCGUCAUGUUUGUGAAGGACGAGCUGAAGAAGAUCCAGAAGGUUCUGAGUCCAGAUUACCCAGAAUCCCUAGAGCAUGUGUUGCAGGGUGAGGAUGACGAGCAGAGGAGCAGCAGAGAGGCGUUUGUGAAGAUCACAGCAAACUUCCUGAGGAGAAUGAAGCAGGAGAAGCUGGCUGAGCGUCUGCAGAGCAGUACUUUUGCUGAAGUUUGUAAAAAGCGGCUGAAGUCUAAGCUGCAGAAGAAGUACAAGCAUGUGUCUGAGGGGAUCACUAAAGCAGGAAAGACAACCCUUCUGGAGCAGAUCUACACGGAGCUCUACAUCACAGAGGGAGGGACCGGAGAGGUCAAUGAAGAACAUGAAGUCAGACAGAUUGAAGCAGCUUCCAGGAAACCAGACGGAGCAGAAACAGCCGUCAGACAGGAAGACAUCUUUAAACCCCCACCUGGAAGAGGAGGACCAAUCAGAACGGUGAUGACGAAGGGAGUGGCCGGCAUUGGGAAAACAGUCCUAACACAGAAGUUCAGUCUGGACUGGGCUGAAGGCAGAACCAACCAGGACAUCCAGUUACUGCUUCCAUUCACCUUCAGACAGCUGAAUGUGCUGAGAGAGGAGAAGUUCAGCUUGGUGGAACUAGUUCAUCGAUUCUUCUCUGAAACCAGAAAAAUCUGCAGCUUUGAAGAGUUCCAGGUCGUGUUCAUCUUUGACGGUCUGGAUGAGUGUCGACUUCCUCUGGACUUCCACAACUCUACAAUCGUCAGUGACCCCAGAAUGUCCACCUCAGUGGAUGUGCUGCUGACAAACCUCAUCAGGGGGAACCUGCUUCCUUCUGCUCGUCUCUGGAUCACCACACGACCCGCAGCAGCCAAUCAGAUCCCUCCUGACUGUGUCUCCAUGGUGACAGAAGUCAGAGGGUUCACUGACCCACAGAAGGAGGAAUACUUCAGGAAGAGGAUCAGGAACAAGAAGCAGACCAGCAGGAUCAUCUCCCACAUCAAGAAAUCACGGAGCCUCCACAUCAUGUGCCACAUCCCAGUCUUCUGCUGGAUCACUGCUACGGUCCUGAAGAACGUCCUAGAAACCAGAGAGGGAGGGGAGCUGCCCAAGACCCUAACUGAGAUGUACAUUCACUUCCUGGUGGUCCAGGCCAAACUGAAGAAGGUUAAGUAUGCCGGAGGAGCUGAGACGGAUCCACACUGGAGUCCAGAGAGCAGGAAGAUGAUCAAGUCUCUGGGAAAACUGGCUUUUGAGCAGCUGCAGAAAGGAAACCUGAUCUUCUAUGAACCAGACCUGAGAGAGUGUGGCAUCAAUGUCAGAAAGGCUUCAGUGUACUCAGGAGUGUUCACCCAGAUCUUUAGAGAGGAGAGCAGCCUGUACCAGGACCAGGUCUUCUGCUUCAUCCACCUGAGUGUCCAGGAGUUUCUGGCUGCUCUUCAUGUCCAUCAGACCUUCAUCAAGUCUGGAGUCAACCUGCUGGAGGAAAAAAAGAACACCUCCAGGUGGUUUAAAACAAGAGCAGAGACUCAGCUCUAUCAGACAGCUGUGGACAAGGCCUUACAGAGUCCAAACGGACACCUGGACUUGUUCCUGCGCUUCCUCCUGGGUCUUUCACUGGAGACCAAUCAGAACCUCUUACGAGGUCUGUUGGAACCAAAACAAAGAAGUUCACAGAACAAUCAGGAAACAGUUAAAUACAUAAAGAAUAAGAUCAGUGAGGAUCUGUCUGCUGAGAGAAGCAUCAACCUGUUCCACUGUCUGAAUGAACUGAACGAUCGUUCUCUGGUGAAGGAGGUCCAAGAGUUCCUGAGGUCAGGACGUCUCUCCAGAGAUAAACUGUCUCCUGCUCAGUGGUCUGCUCUGGCCUUCAUCUUACUGUCAUCAGAAGAAGAUCUGGAGGUGUUUGACCUGAAGAAGUUCUCAGCUUCAGAGGAGACUCUACGGAGGCUGCUGCCCGUGGUCAAAGCCUCCAAGAAAGUUCUACUGAGUGGCUGUCACCUCUCAGGGAAAAUCUGUCCACUUCUAUCCUCAGUUCUCAGCUCUCAGUCCUCCAGUCUGACAGAACUGGACCUGAGCUACAACGACCUGAAGGAUUCUGGACUGGAGCAGCUGUGUCCUGGACUGGAGAGUCCACACUGUAAACUGGAGUCUCUCAGGCUGUCAGGCUGUCUGAUCUCAGAGGAAGGAAGUUCUUCUCUGGUCUCAGCUCUGACCUCCAACCCCUCCCACCUGAGAGAGCUGGACCUGAGCUACAACCACCUGCAGGAUUCUGGACUGAAGAAGCUGUGUCCUGGACUGGAGAGUCCACACUGUAAACUGGAGUCUCUCAGGCUGUCAGACUGUCUGAUCUCAGAGGAAGGAAGUUCUUCUCUGGUCUCAGCUCUGACCUCCAACCCCUCCUACUUGAGAGAGCUGUACCUGAGCUACAACCACCUGCAGGAUUCUGGACUGAAGAAGCUGUGUCCUGGACUGGAGAGUCCACACUGUAAACUGGAGUCUCUCAGGCUGUCAGGCUGUCUGAUCUCAGAGGAAGGAAGUUCUUCUCUGGUCUCAGCUCUGACCUCCAACCCCUCCCACCUGAGAGAGCUGGACCUGAGCAACAACGACCUGCAGGAUUCUGGACUGAAGAAGCUGUGUCCUGGACUGGAGAGUCCACACUGUAAACUGGAGUCUCUCAGGCUGUCAGGCUGUCUGAUCUCAGAGGAAGGAAGUUCUUCUCUGGUCUCAGCUCUGACCUCCAACCCCUCCCACCUGAAAGAGCUGGACCUGAGCAACAACGACCUGCAGGAUUCUGGACUGAAGAAGCUGUGUCCUGGACUGGAGAGUCCACACUGUAAACUGGAGUCUCUCAGGCUGUCAGGCUGUCUGAUCUCAGAGGAAGGAAGUUCUUCUCUGGACUCAGCUCUGACCUCCAACCCCUCCCACUUGAGAGAGCUGGACCUGAGCUACAACCAUCCAGGGGAGUCAGCAAGAAAGCUCUGGUCUAGACUGGAGGAUCCCCGCUGGAGACUGGACACUCUCAGGGUGGAGCCUGCUGGACAACGAUUUCUGACACCAGGUCUGAGGAAGUAUUCCUGUCAACUCACCGUCGACACAAUCACAGUCCACAAACGCAUCAAACUGUCUGAUGACAACAGGAAGAUGAUGUGUGUGGGGGAGGUUCAGUCAUAUCCUGAUCAUCCAGACAGGUUUGAUUCCUAUCGUCAGCUUCUGUGUAGAGAAGUUCUGACGGGUCGCUGUUACUGGGAGGUCCAGUGGAGCGGACCUGUUUAUGUAUCAGUGAGUUACAGAAGAAUCAGCAGGAAAGGAAACUCUGAUGACUGUAGGUUUGGAGGAAACAAUCAUUCCUGGAGUCUGGACUGUUCUCCAGGUGAUCAGUACAGUGUCUGUCACAAUAACAGAGUAACAUCCAUCACCUCCUCAUCUCCAUGUCCAGACUCUGGCAGAGCAGCAGUUUACGUGGACGUUCCUGCUGGAACUCUGUCCUUCUAUAAAGUCAUCUCUGACAGACUGAUCCACCUCCACACCUUCAACACCAGCUUCACUGAACCUCUCUGUGCUGGAUUUAGACUCUGGUCCAGUUCUGGUUCCUCAGUGUCUCUGUGUCCAGUUUAGUCUCCAGAGUCUCCGGUCAGAGAAACUGUCUCUGUUGGAUCCUGGACUUGGACUCUGGAUCUGGUUCCUCAGAGUCUCCAUGAUGAUGAUGAUGAUGAUGAUGAUGAUGAUGAUGAUGAUGAAGAUGAUGAUGAUGGUGAUGAUGAUGAUGAUGAUGAUGAUGAUGAUGAUGAUGAUGAUGAUGGUGGUGAUGGUGAUGAUGGUGAUGAUGAUGAAGAUGAUGAAGAUGAAGGAGAUAAUUACCAUUUAUCUUUAGUUUUUUGGUUUAUUGUAUUUUUAUUUGAUCUUUUUCACAUUUAAACAUUAAAUAAUUUACUGGACUGUUGUUAUUUGAUCAUAAAUUAGAUUUUUAUCUCAUUCUUAUUUUAUUUAUUCUUAAUUCUGUCUAAAUGUUUUCAUGUUUGACUUCACGUUUAGAUUCUUAAAGUCUUGUUUCUUCCCUGAAACAAAGUUUGAGCUUCAAAUCUAAACAUUUCCAUUUUACAUUCAACUUUUCCAGUUUGUAUAAUAUUUGAUUUAUUUAUCUGAUUGUUUUAAUUUGAUUCCUUCAGUUUUCAAAGUUGUUGAUGUAAAAAUGAAGUGAGAAGAUGUAAAUAUUCAUGUAACAUCCAACAUGUCAAAACAUCAGCAACAUGUUUAAAAGUAUUCAAGUACUCUUGAAAAAAAAUAUGUCCAUAUUUCUGUGCAAAACAUGUUUAGAUAAAUGUAAAUGACCUUUUAUGUUGCAUGUGCUUGGCAAACAUCAGAAUGUAACAUGUUUCCUGCUGGGUAUUGGUCUGCUGCCAAAGGUCUGAAUAAAACAAUCUGAACAGAAAAAGUUUCAUUUCUGUAACAACAAAGAUAAAAAUGUCACAUCUUAUCUGCCUAAAGUGUCUCCCAGACAAACUAAUGAGAAGAAAGGACCUGUCCUGA